AUGAUCUCCUAUAUUGGGAUAUUCGCAGUGUCCUAUGUCACGGUCCAGGUUGUGACCUUCACUGAGUGCGAUCCUUUCUCUCACUACUGGCUCGUAUUCCCUCAGGACCCAGGAGUUUGUUGCCAAGCGCAGCUCCAAUUGAUCGUCCUCGGCGUGCUGAAUAUCAUUACCGAUCUGAUGCUGAUCGCCUUGCCGAUUCCGAUACUAGUUAUGGUCAAGCGAUCUACCAUUGAAAAACUCCAACUUGCCGUUCUCUUCGGGGUCGGCCUAUUCAUCGUUGCAAUCACGAUCGCCAGAUUACCACAAAACGCCAAAAACCCGACCGCACAAGUUAGCAGAACAACAUGGGCGUCAAUCGAGCUACUUGCUGCCGCUGUUGUCGCUAAUGCUCCCGUCCUCUAUGGACUUCUGAAAGGCCGGAGACAAAAAUCGAAAUACGCGGCUUCAGGAGCUGGUUCAACCGGGCCGUCGUGGCAAGGACUACAAAAAAGAUCGAUAGCAAAUGAGCCUGGGUUUGAACUUCAAGGGACCGCUCAUAGUAAGAGAGGGUCUUCUCUUGGCUCAAAGCUAUCAUCUAGGAAUUAUGUAGAUAUAGAUGGCCAGAGCAGUCAGUCCUUGACAAGAAGCCGGGAAACAUAA